AUGAGGCUAGAGCACGGGCGGCGGGCUUCUCUGGCGCUCACCCUCAACUUCGUGGCGUUUGCUUUUGCCUUAUCAGCUGUGACCACCAGCUACUGGUGCGAGGGGACCAGGAAGGUGGCCAAACCCUUCUGCACAGGGCCGCCGAUGAAAUCGAAGCAGUGGUUCUGUAUCCGCUUCAACAGCACCAACAUCAACGACACUCGGCUGGUGCAGUACAUCUUCGAGACGGGGGAAGAGAAGUUCCUGCUGAGGAAAUUCCAUGCAGGCAUAUUUUUCUCCUGCGAGCAGACCGCCGACAUGAAUGGGUUUGACUGUCGGGACUUCGCAGAGAUCGCACCAGAACAUGAAAGAGGGGUCUUGUGGUUGUGUAUUGUGGCUGAGACUCUGUACCUCACCCUGCUCUUCACAGGGGGCGCUCUGUUGACACUGGAGCAGUGCCCCUGCUUCAGCAUCAUGAACAAACUGAAGCUCAGUGCCUUUGCCGCUUUGUGCACCGCCCUGUCAGGCCUUUGUGGGAUGGUGGCCCACAUGAUGUUUACCACUAUAUUCCAGUUGGCUGUCGCUAUGGGGCCAGAGGACUGGAGGCCCAAGACCUGGGACUACAGCUGGUCUUAUGUCUUAGCGUGGGGCUCUUUCGGCACCUGCAUGGGCUCUGCAGUGACGGCACUGAACAGGUACACGAAGACCAUCGUAGAGUUUAAAUACAAGCGGCGGAACAUCGAGAAGAGCAUGAUGAUCAAGAAGAAGAUGAUGGAGCUCGACCUCCCCGAGCAGAUGUGGGACAUGUAUCUGACUGCUGUGCCCGCUGACACUGAGGUACCGCUACAACUGCCAAUCAACGGCCUGAAGCCCCCGACAGGAACAACGUAUGUGAUGGAAGUGGACAGUGUACACGGAGAAGCAUAUUGCUGA